AGAAAGGAAGAAGAAGUAACAGACCUGGAAAGGAUGGGGAUGCUGGUGAGAGCUGCCGUGUUUAUGAGUGCCCUUCUUUUCUGUAACGCUCUUCUGGACCUGUCUGGCCCCAGUGAAAUUGAAGGAGUGUGGAAGGCAACUACCAUCCUGCCAUGUAGCUAUGUGCCUGUGAAUGACUUUCUGCAGCAAAUACUUACUUGGACUGUGGUACAUGACCAAAGUUCAGGCACCAUCUUCCGGAGGGACACAUCUGGUGAUCACGUUCUGCUGUCUGAGUACAGAGAUAGGGUUGAGGUCCCGAAGAACUCUCCAGGGAAUGUCUCUCUCCAUAUUUUGAAGCUUCAGUUCUCUGAUAGGGGAACCUACACUUGCCAAGUCACCUGGAGAGCCAGCAACAAGAGCCUGAUUACAAAAGAGAUCUCCACUAGAGUUGAGGUGGUUAAAGUUGCGGUGACGAAGCCCGUGGUCAGGGCUGGGGAGYGGGGCCUGACRCUCCCGGCAGGAACCAGGACCAGCCUGACGUGUGUGGCCGGCGGCUCCCCCCCCAUCAGCUACCGCUGGUUCCAGGGGGAGCCGGGAGGAGCAGCCCGGCGCCUGAGCAGCGGCGCUGAGCUCACGUUCGACAGGCUGCGGCCCUCGCACUCGGGGAAGUAUUACUGCGAGGCAGAGAACUACAUUGGGGUGCUGGUCACCCAGCAGAGCGAUGCCGUGGAGCUCGCUGUGAGAGGUCUGUCUGCAACAACAGUGACUUUUAAGACUGCCGUGGAAAUCACGGAGGGAUACAACACAACCACAGAUCUUCCCUUAACAGUAAUGACUACUGAAAAUAAGUUAGGAAAUUCAGAAAAGAAUCAUGCAACUGAAGACUUCCAAAAGAGUCGCCUGCCCCUGUACCUGAUCGUCCUGAUCGCUGUGAUUUGUGGUGCUGUUGUCCUCCUUAUCAUCUUUCUUAUCAUUUGCAUUAGAAGGCCUAAAAAUGUGCAUGUCUACGAAGUAAAAUUCCAUAACAACUCAGUGAAAGCAGAGGCUUCUCAAAGGUUUGAUAGUGUGUCUCAUUAUGAAGAACCUCUCCGCUCUACUGAAAAUGAUUAUAUGAUAGAGCACAUGAGAAUGAACAAAUGUGAAGAAACAAACCUGAAAGAAAAUGAAUGUUGUAACCCUACAAAUUCAAAGGAAUCUGAGUAUGAAGUGGGAGACACUGUGUAAGAACCAAGGGGCAAUCCUGAAGAGCACCUUCAUCGACACAGAAUUUACCUUCCUAUUCAUCUUCUCUGAAAAAUUCGUUUAACAUGGAGUCUUUGAUCUUCCAUAGUUUGUGGAGCUUUAAAUUUCUGCAGUGAAAAUGCAGAAAUUUCCUCUUUAGAAAAUUCACAGCUGUAGACUGCUGUACAGGCCUCUCCAUUUUUGCUUUUCUUGAUUUCCAUUUCACCCUUAGAAAGCCGGGGGCUGGCUAGUAGUCUUGCUCUUUUAUAUGGUCAAAAGGAACUUAAUUCUCUUUAUAAACAGUCUUCAUCUGGUGAGUGCAGACUUCGCAGGAGGUCUUGCUAAAUAGCCCCAUUCAGCUUAGCUUAAAGCUAGAUUAAUCUCAAAGACCUUACAAUGCUAAGAGCAGAAAUGUCCUAUGACUCCACCGUGCUGUAGUUGGUAUGUCUCUCUGCAGAGCACUUGCAGUAAAAUAGACACUUUCUAAUUACAAUAGAAAUGGUCAGUUUUAGAGCUGAACACUUGAGGAAUUGUUAUUUUGUAACAAAUCAUAUUUUUUCUGAGAUCAACUUUUCUGUUUUUAUUGCAUUUUUAAUAUUUGAAAUAGAUGAGAUACUUUUCCUUAAGCUUGUGGCUAGGAUUGUUUACAUGUGCCUAAAUUUUGAUAUGAAUAGGAGUAUUUUUACAUGACCUGCUCUAAUUAAUAAGAACUCCAUAUGGCAGAUAACCAGUACUUAUUAAGUGCUUUCCUUGUACCUUAAAAGGGCAAGUAGGGAGGUGAAAAGCUUUGGUAUUCUUAGGUUUUACUAUCCUGAGUAAAUCAGUGAUACAGAUAAACUGCAGAGGUGCAGCAGAAUCUUUUUAUAACAACUUAUAGAGCAAUACCACGUCAGAUAAAAAGCAAUGCAGACAAAAAGCAGGUGAGCUGAUAGGGCAAUGACGCAGAUAGUAGCAGUUCUGAGGGGAAAUAAGUGGUAUGGUUGAUGUGCAAUACCUAACUGAGUGUGCCACACAUUAUUGCUCACGCACUGGUAUGAAAAUCCAAACUGCAGGGAUAGUCCAUGAGUAAUUAGAAGAAUUAAUGAUAUAAAAGUUCUUCAGUGACUAUUGAACACAAAAAUUUGGUGGUAUUUUGCCAGUGCAUGAAAGUGUUCUUAUACCUUUUUCUCUAAACUUCCUGUGUCUCAGGUUUCAUUUC